AUGCGUAUGAAAGAUUUUGAUUCUAAAUGGUGUGACUGGGUUCAGAAGUAUAUUGAAAAAGUUAGUGUAGGAAUUCGGAUAUGCUGGCCAUACUCAUUGCUAGAACCAAAGAGGAUGGCCAGCGGGAUGGCCCAUUUCGAAAAAAAGAAGGAGGCCAUUGCUGCUCUCCCUGAGAGGCUGCAAGCUGCUGCUUUGAUUCCUGACAUGACACCGUUCCCUGCAAACCGGUACAUGGCAACACUCACGCCACCAAUUGAAGGGUAUAUUGAGAAGGUGCGGGAUGCUGCCAAGAAGUAUUCCGUGAAGGAGAAGCUCCGCUGA